GCUUACGACAUAUCUCAAUAGACCAUCUAAGUCCACCGCCAUGGCAGCCACAGGCGAGCCGUUCUACGUGCGCUACUACUCUGGACACUCUGGACGAUUUGGCCACGAAUUCUUGGAGUUCGACUUCCGUGUAGUCGGCGAUGGCCGCUCAGCGAUAGCGCGAUAUGCCAACAAUUCGAAUUAUCGCAACGAUUCGCUCAUCCGGAAAGAAAUGUGCGUGAGCUCUCUCAUGGUCGAGGAGAUCAAGCGCAUCAUCAAGGAGAGUGAGAUCAUGAGGGAAGACGACACCAAAUGGCCACAGAAAAAUAAGGACGGAAGACAGGAGCUUGAGAUCAGGCUCGGAAGCGAGCACAUCUCCUUCGAGACCGCCAAGAUUGGCUCGCUCGUCGAUGUGAACGAGUCCGAAGACCCAGAAGGUCUACGCGUCUUCUACUACCUUGUCCAGAACCUAAAGGCGCUUGUGUUCUCGCUUAUCUCGCUGCACUUCAAGAUCAAGCCAAUCUAAUUAGGGGGCCGCGGGCGGUCACUUGCGCCCGCAAUAUGACUGAGGCAACUGAUACGAUGGUCGUUUGACCACAAGGCUUGCGCAAAGUGCUAUGCAUGGCGACUGCAUACGCGUUGUUAUCAGCGUUGCCUUCACUCGAGGGAGCAGGCUGCUCCCCGCUGCAGAGACCAAGCGAGG